UGUGCUGCCACCAGUCCUGUCUUCCUGCUGCAAAGAGAUGGAGUAGCUACUGCCAGUACCAGUCCUUGAAAAGCAAUGGCACUGAGCAGAGCCCAGCAGUGAGGUCUAUAUUCAGAACAGCAAAACCACGGGAUGAAAUGGCAGAACAAAUGAACGCUUAUGGUGGAAUAACAAUGAAAAUGAACUUUACCAUCUCUCCCCGCUCCCCAUGGUCAUUCCUGGUGUGCCCUUUGCUUGCAGAAAGAGAAAGAGAUUGAAUACGGGUAGGUGCGCGAGAGUGUGGGCCAUUCCAGAUAUCCAGAUGUGUUAUUUAUUUUGAGAGAGAGAAAGAAUCUAUAGGUAUGCGUGUUUCCUUUUUUCCCUCUCCUCCCCACUCACUUUAGUGAGCUGCCCAGCUGGAACCAGUUCAGCAGCUGACGCGCGACCCGUUCCCGGUUACCUGAGCCGGGAAACCACGUGAGCGCCACAUCAUCUGGGCUUUUGAAACGGAAAGUCACCGAAAGGAGGAAACAGGAAAAGAACGAAGCGAAACCCCGCGGCCAGACGCCCGGAGAAGGGCUCGUGUGAAUGAGUGGCGGAGCUUGAGCCUCCAGGCAGGGGACGCGCGUAGGGGCCGAGCCGGUGCUCAUUCCCCACCCCGUCGCCCGCCCCGGGCGUCCCGCUCCCUCUCCGCCGCGCGCGUCAAAAGGGCGCCGAGCUUCCCGCGCCUUCCUUCCCUCCCUCAGGGACCGGAGCCUCGCGAGUGCUGAGGGCAGGCGGCGGCGGCGGCGGGCUGGCGCCGGGUGCGAGCGCGAGGCGCUGGCGGGGGAAGAUGCUGCAGUCGCUGGCCGGCAGCUCGUGCGUGCGGCUGGUGGAGAGGCACCGCUCGGCCUGGUGCUUCGGCUUGCUGGUGCUGGGCUACGCGCUCUACCUGGUCUUCGGCGCCGUGGUCUUCUCGUCGGUGGAGCUGCCCUACGAGGACCUGCUGCGCCAGGAGCUGCGCAAGCUGAAGCGGCGCUUCGUGGAGGAGCACGAGUGCCUCUCCGAGCAGCAGCUCGAGAGCUUCCUGGCGCGAGUCCUGGAGGCCAGCAACUACGGCGUGUCGGUGCUGAGCAACGCUUCCGGCAACUGGAACUGGGACUUCACCUCGGCCCUCUUCUUCGCCAGCACCGUCCUCUCCACCACGGGUUAUGGACACACCGUGCCUUUGUCAGAUGGAGGGAAAGCCUUCUGCAUCAUCUAUUCGGUCAUUGGAAUCCCCUUUACACUGCUUUUCCUGACAGCAGUGGUGCAGCGCAUUAUUGUCUAUGUAACAAGGCGGCCUGUGCUGUAUUUCCAUGUCCGCUGGGGUUUCUCUAAGCAGAUAGUUGCCAUCAUCCAUGCUGUGAUUCUGGGCUUCGUUACUGUAUCGUGCUUUUUCUUCAUCCCGGCAGCGAUAUUUUCUGUCCUUGAAGAUGACUGGAACUUCCUGGAAUCUUUUUACUUUUGCUUUAUUUCACUGAGCACCAUUGGCCUUGGUGACUAUGUUCCAGGAGAAGGUUACAACCAAAAAUUCAGAGAGCUGUAUAAAAUAGGAAUUACAUGUUACCUGAUGUUGGGCCUCAUUGCAAUGCUGGUGGUUUUAGAGACUUUCUGUGAACUUCACGAGCUCAAAAAAUUUAGGAAAAUGUUCUAUGUGAAGAAGGACAAGGAAGAGGACCGAGUGCACAUAGUAGAACAUGACCAGCUCUCCUUCUCUUCAAUUUCAGACCAGGCGGCCUCUUUGAAGGAAGAUCAGAAAAUAAAUGAACCUUUUGUGACCCCACAGUCUGCAGUUAACUGUGACGGCUGCAUAAACAAUUAACCAAGGGCUUCCGUUUCAAUAUCAACCGUGCACUUACAUCCCUUCAGUUAGAACUAGUACCAUUAAUGAAACUAUAGAGGCAGAAGGCUAUGCUAUAUUAUCAAGUACUCAUUGCUGGGAAUAUUUUUAAAGUGUAUGAGCCAAAUAAAGCUCUCUUUAGCUGAAACAACAUUAUGGGAAUGUUGGCUGGGGGGACGAAAUGUGCAUUUGGGAACCCCUGGAUAAAUGGUGCGUACACGGAGCAUACAUUGGGGACGCUAGAUUUGAUCAACAAUUCAGUUCUCAUUUCCCCAGACUGCUGCCCUAAGUCCCCUCCCGCCCCCCUGAAAAUCAUGUUGUGGUUCAUUGACAAAAUAGGAGUUUUCUGAUGCCAUUUGCAACUUCUGGUUUUGAAACAUGAAUGGGGGACUGAAGCAUUGAGUUGGAAGGGUUUGUUGUUGUAGCCCAGAAAACAGGAAUAGUCUCUUGCCAUGUUUCCUUCAGUGAGAUUCCCAAAUGACUGGGUUCAUGUGCGCUGGGCUAUCUCUGUACUUAGACACACACAUACACCCCCCCUCCCCAAAGUGGAAAGAUCCAGAGCAAGUGCUCUGUAUCAGUCCUGCAGCUAUUUUAAAGCUCAGCUGCUUACCUUCGAAGCCUGGCUCAGUAAGGAUAAAGGCAGACAGAUAUUCUAAAGUGUGGUGGGAAGUGGUUUGAACUCAUUAUUUGUUGUAUGCCAAUCACACUUCGAAUGUAUCUGAUUUCACCCUCAAGUGUACUACAGUCAUCAGUACUGAGCAAGAAUUCUAUAUCCUGCUUCCUGUCAGAAAUCAAACUGGGUGCUUUCCUCCUGGCCUUAAAAAAUAAAUAGCAAAAGGGGUGUUUUUGCAACUGAUUUCAGUGGAUAUAGGAUCAGGGACCCAUGAGCACCAGCAUAUACAGCACUUGUAGGCACAGCUUAGGGGAAAGCCAUCUUCCUUAGCACUCUCAGACACCCCUUUCGCUCUAAUUUUACCCCAUAGGCUGUGAGUCUCAAACCAUUUAUUGUCAAGUGGUUUCAGAGAUAUGGUCCUAUCUGUUCAAAGUAGUAGUCAAGCUGAGCGCUGAAGUAUCUAGACUUCUGUGAGAAAAGAAAAAUACUUGAAACUUGAUCACCUAAAAGCACUGUAUAUGAGUUUAGUUAAUACCUAGUGUUUAUUAAUAGAUUUUAUAUCUUUACUAGGAAAGUUGACUCUCUUGAUAAAUCUGCUUUAAAAUCUAUGCGAGCUGAAGUUUAUAUUUGAGAAAACACAACUCAGAGAUGCUUUUUAAAUUUGAUUUGAAGCGUAGUGUAUUUGCAUGUUCUCAUCCAAGUGGAUAUUUUUGUACAGCCUAAGUUGGUUCUGUUUAUAAUGUUUUAACCUUCGUUUGUGUACAUAAAUGCAUAUAUUUAUAUACUGUACAUAUGUUGUAGAUCACCAGAAUUUAACUGACUUGGCUGUGAAAUUUUAAAGGUAUCUUCAUCCACAGAUUUCUCUUUCUAGAGAAGUAAAACUCAGAACUGUGGCGCUGAAAACAAUGACUUAACUCCUGACCAAAUGAAUGUGGAAGGGUAAGUCUGUAGGGCUGCAAUCUUAAAAAUCAUAUUUUUUAAAUAGGCCCAGCCCACCCAUCUCGCUGAGGCUGCUGGUAAGUAGCCUGUCUGCUGCGGCCUUCAUAGUAUGCUGUAUCAUGGAAUCCUGUUUUUCAGUGAAAUUCUAAUGACAGUCGAUUCUGGGAAACAGGGACAAGCUGCAUUAAUUUCAGACUUUCUUUUUUCAAGAGUAUGCUCAUUUGCAGUGAUUAUUAAUACUAAAGCACAGAACUAAUAAAGGACAGGCUGAAUACCAUACUGUGUUAUAUAUUAGCUAAUCAGCAUUUCAAAGUUGAAUAAAUAAAAGUGUGGCUCCAGUUGUC